CGAGAUUGGGACGAGAUGCCGGGGAAGUAAGAGGGAUAGGACGACGAUUACUGUCAAAAGUUUCAAUGUCUUGCAUCGUGGCAUUUGACUUGACAGGUGGAAGUCUGACGAGAGCUUCAUCUGGUUGUCGUUGGUACUUUAGAUAACUGAAGGGAAACUGAAAAGGGAGAGACUUGGGUACCAGACUGCAGUGUAAACACAAGAAGUGGAAAUAAACCUCAGACGACGGCCCCGGUAUGUCACCACAGCUUGUCAUUGGCAGAAGCAAGCUCCCACGUUUCGCAAAUUACCAGAAACAUUCUUAAAACUCUCUUUAUUCUUUCGUCAUUCCCGGUGCAUGAUUCAAGGGGUCUGACCGAACUGACCCUGAACUCGUUACUGUCCGUGCGCGUGUUCCUGGCAUCAUCAUCGGUCUUGACCAGUCCGUCCAGAAGCACCAGACACUUGCUGCAACGCGGCCGGCUUCAUCUAAGCAAGGCACCGCAUUAUACAUACAUACACAUACGACGACGUACAAUCUCAGUUGGGGAAGGAGGAGCAUGACAUCCACAUCGACAUCAGCGGACGCCUUCGCCGGCCAAGGCGACAACAUUCUCCGGCCUCGACCACGGAAACCCUUGCACACUCAAGUCUCCCAACUCUCCCACGACGCAAACGGCGACAGCGACCAUGCAAACGGUACCGGAGCUACCAGUGUCACCGGUGUAAGCAGCGGCCGCUCGACCCCGAUUCCGUCCGAUGCUCCCCCGUCCAUCCAAUCCCUCUCGACUGCCCGCAAGCAAGUCCGCGCCGAGCAACGCCGCCGCAUCUUCCCCACGAUAGAGUUCGCAAGCCGAGUAUCCCACUUCGAUCCCAACAGCGACUACCGCGACUUCCAUGGCUUCUUCAAUCUCUUUUGGAUCGGCUUGGCCAUCAUGGCCAUCACCACCUGCCUACGCAACAUCAAAGACACGGGCUAUCCGCUGCGCGUCCAGAUCUGGGGGCUCUUCACCGUCAAGCUCUGGCAUCUUGCCAUUGCCGACUUCCUCAUGGUAGCCACCACCGCCGUAUCCCUCCCACUACACAAGGUCUUCCGCGCUGCCCCCGCGGGCGGCGUGCUGACCUGGGCCAAGGGCGGCAUGGCCAUCCAGAGCAUCUACCAGGCCAUCUGGCUAGCCGUUUGGAUUGUGAUUCCCUUUUGGCUGGAGUGGACGUGGACUGCCCAGGUCUUUCUGCUGCUACACACCAUGGUGCUGCUCAUGAAGAUGCACUCGUACUCGUUCUACAUGGGCCACCUGUCCGAGACCGAGAAGCGUCUCCGGGCGCUCGACGACCCGGCCACCGCCUCCAAGGCCCCGGCCUAUCUCUACCCGACCCCCGAAAACCCCUUGGGCACCGUUGCCAGCCCCAAGCAGCGCGCGGUCGAAGCCGCCGCCGAAGCCAGCAGCAAGGAAACCGAGGAGAUCAGCACCCCAAACGAGGACGAAGAGAUCACUCAGCUCCGCGAGGACCUCGCUCGCGAACUCACCUCGCCCAUGGGCAAUAUCACGUACCCGGCCAACCUGACCUGGGCCAACUACCUCGACUACCUCUGCUGCCCGACGCUAUGCUAUGAAAUCGAGUACCCGCGCACCGCCGCCAUCGACUGGCAGAACCUGCUGUCCAAGGUCCUGGCCGUCUUCGGCUGCAUCUUUUUGUUGACCGUCAUCUCGGAGGAGUUCAUCCUGCCCGCGCUGACCGACGCCUCCAUCCGUCUCGAUCCUACGCUGCGCGCCGCCGCCGGCGAUUCCGGUCCCUUGACGGCGCUCGAAGCCCUCCUCGUUCUGGCGGAGACCAUCUCGUGGCUGCUGUUCCCCUUCAUGCUCACCUUCUUGCUUGUCUUCCUCGUCAUCUUCGAGUAUGUCCUCGGCGCCUUCGCCGAGAUCACGCACUUUGCCGAUCGCCACUUCUACUCGGACUGGUGGAACAGCACGGACUGGAUGGAAUUUUCUCGCGAAUGGAACGUGCCCGUAUACAAUUUCCUGAGGAGACACGUAUACAGCGCCAGCAGGCCGCAUGUCGGCAAGGCCAACGCGACCGUCAUUACCUUUUUGAUAUCGGCCGUAGGCCACGAGAUCGUUAUGGCGUGUAUCACUAAGAAGUUGAGAGGCUAUGGUUUCAUUUGCCAGAUGCUCCAGCUGCCGAUUGUGAUGCUGCAAAAGACCGAGUUGGUCAGGGGCAAGAAGACGUUGAAUAAUGUUUGCUUUUGGUGUAGUAUGAUCUUGGGUUUGAGUUUGAUUUGCUCGCUUUACGUGUUGGUUUAAACAAAUUCGACCUGCAUUGCCAUUCUCCCGGUCAAUUUUCCGGACACAAUUACAGCACAUAUUGUACCAUACUUUACCAUACUAUACCAUGUCAUAUAAAAGAGGCGUCGGCGUCUGAUAAGCAAGAACGGAGGAGUAGGAGAUGGAAGGGAACUCGGCCUGGUAUUCAAUGAAUCGUAAGCGAACUGAUUCGGUGGUCAGUCGAAGUAAAGAUGUGUUCUAUCUUUUGUCUUUUGCCUGGUCUUUGUUGCAUUACAAGGAGGAGCAAAAUGUUCUGUCUUUAUAGAGUACAGUACAGAUACCCGUUAUACAUACAUACAUACAUCUAGUGUAUACAUGUAGUGUUUCACACCUAUGACCCGUAUGAGAGGUCAAG